AUGAGCGAGGCCGAGUCGACCACCACUGGCUCAGAAUACGAAUUGCCAGUCGGCGGUGGCAUGGUCAAGCCGGCCUCCCAAGUCGGUGACGAUACCGAGAAGCCAGACUCUGCCAGCAACAUGCUCUCCAUGAACUUUUCGACGCCGCUCGCCGGUCCAGCGCGCACCGAAAAAAUCAAGCAAAUGUCCAAGAACCAUGCUGCGUUUGAAAAGUCUCGCGCGAUGCAGCAGAUCCUCGUCAAGAUCCAGCAGUCGCUGCGCCGGAUGCCGGGCGUGUCGUCGGCCGAGUCGUCCGAAAUGGUGCUGCAGCUGCAGGAGGUCGGGCAGGUGAUCAGCCGGGAGACGAGCGACCUGGUCAACGCGGUGAUGAACCUGACGCUGGACCAGGAGGACACGGACAAGGCGGUGGCGCGGAUGAGCAUCGAGGCCAACAUCGCCAAGGCCCGCAUCGACAACCAGAGCAACACGAUCCAGAAGCUGGAGGCUCAGAUCAAGGAGAUGGAGGGCAGAGCGGAACAGAGCCAAUGUGGAAAGAGCCACGAAGACAACAAAGACGAGCUCAUCAAGGCUGGGGCAAAGGCCCUCAAGGAUACCAACAGGCACUUGGAGGACCAGGUCAACGGGCGACGCGCCCUCUGGGUCAUGAAGCACCCGGACGAGCAGUCGCUAGCCCGCGCCAUCGAGACGAUGCGCGACUCGGCGGACGGCUUCCCCGUCGCCCAGAACGCGCUCAUCUCUCUCCGACAAAACAUCACUCGGGUCAGCAGCUUCCAUAACAACAACGUCAGUGAUGUGCGUCAGGACUACGGCCGUCCUGGUGGCGGCGACGUGGACAGCGGUGGCAUCACUUCGCCUGACUUUUACGCACGGCCCUCUGCGCAGCUUCCCCCCAUCGGCGGCAGCCUUCGUGGCCCGGCACGUCCACCAUCCGCGGCGCCGUACGUGGCUCGCCGAGGCAACCCAGCCUCCGCUUCUGCCUCCGCUUCUGCCUCCUCUUCUUGGGACCAACCUCCCGCUCCACCACCACCGCCGCGUGCUGGUGGUGGCGGAGAGCGGUUCGCCCUGUCGUCGUUUAGCCGCGCCGGUUCCCUGGGCCGCAGGACAGCGCCGGGCCAACAGGGCGGCGGCGGCGGCGGCGGCUCGCACUUUAGCCCCAACGCGACCGAGUUCUACCCGUGGAACCCUACUCCGUCCUCUAGCGACAACCACCCCGGGGGCGGCGGUGGUGGUGGGCGUCAUGCGUCGAUGCCGUCCUUUAGCAACGGUGCUGGUGCCGGUGGCGGUGCCGCUGCUGCAGGUCCCGGUCCCAACAACAACGGCAGCUCGCGCGACUACUAUCCUCGCACCCCGACCGCUGCGUCUCGCGGCCGCUACGGUCGUCUGCAGGAAGCCCCGCCUCCGUCCGCCGGCGGCUCCGACACCCCCGGCGGCGGCGUCAGCCUGAACCCCAACAACAACAACAACAAUAACAACAACGGCGUCCCGAGCAGCUGCCUCGUCCCCGCCGCGCCGACCAUCGCGCCGCUGGUGCACAUGAACGAGCGGACGGUGGCGGCGUGGCACGACGGCAUCAUGGACUUUUACGCCGUCAUCCGGGCGUUCGUCGAGCGCCACACCAGCCAACCGGACCACGCGUCGUCGAUGAAGAUGAGCUCGACGGGGCUCUGGCCGAUCCUGCUGGCGACGUACCACCCGCUGUCGCCGGCCGAGGCCGCGUCGUACCUCGAGUACCACCUGCGCAACGAAAACUCCAAGGCAUGCCUGGUGACGCGCGUCAUGAUCGACUACAUCGUCAACCGCGUGUGGACGCCCGCGGCCUGGAGCGGCGCGGACGACGAGUCGACGUACUCGCUGAUGGAGCUGGAGCGGGACAUGGAGAGGAUGCUGGGCCAACCCUCUGCGUUUCGCCAGCCCCUGCUCGACAGGCAGGCGGCCAUCAUCGACGGCAUCCUCGCGCACGAGCACGACUCGUCCUUCCACAAGUGCAAGGUGGACGAGGUGGCCGGCACGCUGCUCGCGAACCUGCAGCCGCUGCUCAACCGGCUGGCCAACCCGGCCGACGCCUGCCGCGACAUGGCACAGGUGGCCGAGCACGCGUGGGCGCUGUCGUCGCGCAUCCUCACCUCCCGCCUCACGUUCGACUUUCGCUUCCCCGAGAUCGGCAGCCGCUUCUCCAGCCAGUCCAUGCUGCCCAUCUGGCCGCGCAUGGAUCCGUACGAGCUGCAGGCCAAGCACUGGCGCGUCGCCCUCGUCACCACGCCCGUCAUCACGUGUCGCAACGACACAGGCACCAAUAUCUCGGCGCACUCGGUCUCCCUGGCCGACGUGUUUUGUAUGCAUUGA